UACGUGGGGCGGCAAGUCGGACGAGUUUUCUCGCGCUCGAGCGAUCGAGCGAUCGAGAGGGGAUCGAGAGGGAUCGAGAGGGAUCGAGCUUCUGCUAUGCCGCCUCCUGACUUGAAGCCUUCUCUUCAUAAUAAGUGGGUCUUACGUGCGUCGCUGCGAAGCUCUUCUGCGCGGGGCUGGAGACGGCUCCCCGAAAGAUCCGCCAGCCGUGGAUCGUGGCUGCACAGAUUCCAGAUCGGUGCAAGGUUCAGCCGUGAUUGGAUUCAACCGUGAUUGGGUUCAGCCGUGAUUGUGGAUCAGAUUCAAGGCGUUGAAUCGUUGACGGAGCAUGGCUCAUCACCCGCCUUGUAGCGCUCGUUUAGGCGUCACUUGUGCAACUAGCCUGGCCGCUAGUAGCAUGGCUGCUAGUAGCGUGGUUGCUACUGUUGCCGCCGCCACAGCGCGCCGAUGGCCUGCGCCCAUAUUUUGCAGCGUGCGCCAUCCUCUGGCCUCGACCUUCUCAGUAGGCGGACUCCACAGAACGCCACUGUCAAGGACAGUUGACGGAGGACGACGCAGAUUGAUUCUCACGAGCCGGAUAGAGAGCAGCAGCAGCGGUGGCAGCGGCGGCAGCAGCGGCAGCGGCGGCAGCAGCAGCAGCAGCAGGGAGGAUGGAUUUUCUUGGACUGCUAGGCGCGUGGAGAGGAGGAGAGCGGGUGGGCGGAAGGGGAGAGGAGGGGGAGGAGGGAGAUUUGGGGAGACGCUGGAUGAGGAGAAAAGCGAGGGGAAAGGAAGGGGUGACAAUAUGAAGAAGGAUGGUGACUAUAUGGAGCAGUUAGGUGAUGGUGGUGGGAAGGGUGGAACGCAGAAGCAAGGCUCUUUGUCACGGACAUCAUCAUCGGUGGCUGAACCAGUUUCAAAUUCAAACUCAAACGCACUGGAUAAAGCCAGGCUUGUGUUUUCCACUCAGGUGGCAGCCCUCCCCGCCCGCCUGCACCAGAUGCUACCUCCCCUCUCCUCCCCGCACUCCCGAAACCUACCCUUCCUCCUCUCCUCCUCGCUGCUCCUCCUCAUCCUCAUCCUCCUCCGGCUCCAUCGCACCAUCGGUCGCACCUGUCUCGCAGCUUUCGCCGUGGCACAUCGUCUGUUCGUCGCCCGGCUACCCCCUGCUGUGGGUUCUGAGGACAGUCUGCAGCUGCGGAGGAGGGCUGAGCGUGUGCGGCAGCAGGAGGAGGAGGAAGAGGAAGAGACAGCAGCAGCAUGUGCGUUGGGUCCUGAGGACAGUCUGCAGCUGCGGAGGAGGGCUGAGCGUGUGGUUCAAAAAGGGCAGCGGCAGCAGGAGGAGGAGGAAGAGGAAGAGACAGCAGCAGCAUGGCAGCGGCAGCAGGAGGAGGAGGAAGAGGAAGAGACAGCAGCAGCAUGUGCGUUGGGUCCUGUGGACAGUCUGCAGCUGCGGAGGAGGGCGGAGCGUGUGGUUCAAAAGGGGCAAAAAACUGAUCCACUUGAGGGGGAAGAGACCACAGGAGCGGCAGCAACAUCACACGCCCUGUGUUCUGAGGAUAUCUUACAGCAGCGGAAGAGGGCUGAACUUGUGGUUCAAAAGAAGACGCAGCCCCAGCAGGAGGAGGAGGAGGAAGAGACAGCAGCAGCAGGGCCAGCAGUAGUGCUACGAGCUUUAGAUUCUGAAGACAGCUUGCAGCUGCGGCAGAGGGCUGAGCGUGCCGUUGACAAGGGACAGCAGGAGGAGGAGGAGGAGGAAGAGGCAGCAGAGGUGGCAGAGGCAGCAGAGGCAGCAGAGGCGGCAGAGGCAGCAGAGGCGGCAGAGGCGGCAGAGGCGGCAGAGGCGGAAGAGGCGGCAGAGGCAGCAGAGGCGGCAGAGGCGGCAGAGGCGGCAGAGGUGGCAGAGGCGGCAGAGGCGGCAGAGGCUGCAGCAUCAGCGUCACGUGCGUUGGGUUUUGAAUGCAGCCUGAAGCUGCAGAAGAGGGGUGAGCUAACCGUUGAAAAGCGGCAGCCAGAGGAUUCGCACGAGGGGGAAGACGCAGCAGCAGCAGCAGCAGCAGGAGUGUCAGCAGUAACAGUGCCACGUAAUUUGUGUGGGGGAGCAGGGGAAAGAGGGGUUGCAGCAGAGGAAGAAGCAAGGGCAGUGGCAGGGACAGCAUGGGAAGCAGAGGAAGCAGAGGAAGCAGAGGAAGCAGAGGAAGCAGAGGAAGCAGGGCAAGAAUACAAGGCGAGAAUGGAGGUUAACCAAUCUGACAAGCACAUGACGUCCACAGCAGAACCACCCGACACUGGGGGAACAGCUCUGCCUGUGAACGAAGAUAGAGAAGGAGCUGUAGCCUCCUCCCAGGGGGGGAUUUACAGAAAGGGAAGGGGCGAGGUUGAGGGGGAAAGGAUCAGAUUGGAUCUGAUUGUUCCUGAUUGGUGGCAGGAGGCGUGUGAUGAGCUGGCCUUGCAGCGAGCACAGGGGCUGGUUGGAGGCUCGGGCCGAGCCGGGCAGACAGGUUCGGGAGGCGUUUCGGUGAAAGACACACGAUUUGCUGUGAUGGGUGCAUUGGAGCAUUUCAACUCAUCCCGCCACAUCCCACCAGAGGCUCUCCUCCAGAUCUGGGCUGCGUGGCGAGCAUCUGGUGACACGUGGCACACCCACAGGGAUUCUGUGCAGAUGAUUGUGUUCAGAGCUGCUGUCCCGUUGGCACUGGAUGAAUGCAUGGGCGGUGACACGCUCUCGUCUCCGCACCUCCUUCCCACCUCCUCCGGCCCGCUAUUCCUUGUCGGGAUCGCAGCCGCCGUUGGCAUUGCACCCGCUUUGGCAGCCUCAGCUGCACGGAAGGGAGUGGCUAGUAGACUGGCAGCUGAGCUCGUUGCUUGCAAUGAGUUGAUGAAGGCCUUUAAGUGGAAAAAGGCGAACGUCAAGUUCCAGCGAAUUGCAAACCUUCUUUCUACAUUCACUCCUCCAGCAAUCUCGCCGGAGCUAGCGUCUUCAGCCCAUCUUCUAAGUGACAUGCUGUCUCACCGGCAGCGGGAGGAGCUGGCAUGGAUGUAUGGGAAGGCAGCUGGCCCCAAGCAUGUGGGCCUCGUGAGGCGAGCUCUAGGAGUGUGAUGCUAUGAUCAGCGUUUUCAACCUACCUUUCUUCUGCGACGCUGCCGUAAUCCUCGUAGGAGUUUGAGCCGGUAUGGAUCUAUGAGAAGACAGUUGGUCCAACCGUGCAUGUGGCAAAAGUGAGCUUACCUGUUGGAGCAUGGUGGACAGUUGGCUUAGAAUUGGGCGGUUGUGAUCAGCUAGCCCUUGGAGUGUGAAGGAGGGUUGGCCAAUGCCAUACAGCAGCAGGUGAAGCGGGCAUGGAUGCGUGAGAAGACAUCUGCUGUGGCACACUUGCAGCUGAUCCAAUCCAAAGCAUGGAGCACUUGUGAUGUGAGCUAAGAUUCUUUUGAGCAAUAUCCUCGAUUUCGCUCGCUGGUAGCUAGUUGGAAGGUAUGCUUCCACGAUGGAAUGAGCUAGGCUUGAAUGAGGGUAAAUGACUGGAAAAUUGUACCCUGCCAUGAUAUUGUCUUGCAUCAGUA